CCCCCUUUCCCCUCUGUUGUUGCCUUUCCACCCCACGCAACCAUUCACAGCCAUACACGGCCGAGAGGAUGAAGAUGGGUGGAGUGAGAAUAAGAUGAUCUUCUUUUCCCCAAUCCGUCAGCAAGCUCAGCUCUAUGGGCCUUAUUGAGUGCCCAGAAUGCCUAGGGUAGGUACUAUGUAUGUACUAUGUAUGUAUAUACGUACGUGCUCUCCACAUGAUAUGCAUAUCAUUCUUGGCUACCCUGUCAGCGUCCUGUCCGUUUCUGGUAAAGAGUAUUGAGCUCUCGCCUGCGAGGGUCAACACUAGUUCGCAUCCCAGGAGGUCGUUCGACCUAUGGAUUAUAGCGGAUAAGCGGAGCUCGAGUAAUAGUCCACUUUUAUGGACAAGGGACUUUGUAGCAAUAGGAUGCUUAUGGUAAAAGGAAUAGGCAGG